CUUGCUGUUGCUGUUUCGUUUUCAAUCAUGUCACAUUCUUUUCUUUAAUAACCUGUAUGACAAUACAAGUAAGAAAAGACAAUAUUUCGUUCAUCAUUAACACAACUGUAUUUAAGUUCGCUCAUUUUUGUUUUGAGUAUUAAUUUAAUCAAUGUUUUAAAUGAAAUAUACUUUUUGUUCAUCAGCUAGAGAGUAACAAUGACUGCUACCCUUAGUGCUUUACCCAAGACUCAAUUAGUUGAUGAAGAGACAGAAGACUUUGGGCCUCAGCUGAUAAAUAAACUUGAGGGACAGGGAAUAAGUGCGGCAGAUGUCAAAAAACUUGAAGAAGCUGGAUAUCACACUGUUGAAGCUGUUGCUUUUGCACCAAAAAAACAUUUGACCACCAUCAAGGGCAUUAGUGAGGCAAAAGCAGAUAAGAUUUUGGCUGAGGCUUCAAAGCUGGUACCAAUGGGGUUUACAACUGCCACAGAGUUUCAUCAAAAGCGGUCAGAAAUCAUCCAGCUGACAACUGGCUCCAAGGAGUUAGACAGGCUCUUGGGCGGUGGCAUCGAGACUGGUUCUAUCACAGAGAUAUUCGGAGAGUUCAGAACUGGUAAAACGCAGAUCUGUCACACACUGGCCGUCACAUGUCAGUUACCUAUUGAUCAGAGUGGUGGUGAGGGUAAAUCUCUAUAUAUAGACACUGAAGGAACCUUUCGUCCAGAGCGGUUACUUGCUGUAGCUGAACGUUACAAGCUGGUGGGCAGUGAUGUGCUGGACAAUGUGGCUUAUGCUAGGGCAUACAACACAGAUCAUCAGACACAGCUGUUGAUACAAGCUUCGGCUAUGAUGGCAGAAUCAAGGUAUGCUCUACUGAUUGUGGACAGCGCUAUGUCGCUAUAUCGCACGGAUUACUCAGGCAGAGGAGAGCUAUCAGCCAGACAAAUGCAUCUUGCCAGGUUUCUGCGGAUGUUGCUUAGACUUGCUGACGAGUUUGGAGUGGCUGUUGUGAUCACCAAUCAGGUGGUGGCGCAGGUGGACGGAGCUGCUCUCUUCUGUGCUGACCCCAAGAAACCUGUUGGAGGAAACAUAAUGGCACAUGCUUCUACAACCAGAUUAUAUUUGAGAAAAGGUAGAGGAGAGACAAGAAUAUGCAAGAUUUACGACUCCCCUUGCCUCCCUGAGACUGAAGCCAUGUUCGCCAUUAAUGCAGACGGAAUAGGAGAUGCAAAGGAGUAGUCCAGCUAGUGCCUUUCCUCCUGGACUGAGAGACUGUCUAACAGUUUUUCUGUGUAUAUGUCACUUUGUAAAAUAGAAUUUAUUUAAAUAAGACAAGUAUUGUACAUUUAUAAUGGUCUUAAACUUGUAAUUAAUUAAAGUGCAUUCCAUUCUAAGAUGUUUAUGUACCUAUGUAUGUGUUUGUUACCACUAUGAAUGAAAAUAAAUGUGACAAGGUAAAA